AUGCGCAUAAUGAUUAUUUUAGGUGCAUCAAUGCUCUCCAUCGUCUGUGCAUCCUCAUCAUUGUAUAAAGGCACGCCUUAUUUCAACAUACAAUAUACAGUCGUUGAUGAGAAUGGAAAUGAAGAGAUUCGACAGAAGCAGAUGCAGUUUAUUCUUGAUUUUGAAAACACGCCACUUGCUGCAGAAAACUUCUAUAACCUUGUAAAAGGAGGAGAAGAAUUCAAUAAGAUUCCCUUGCAUUACAAAAACAGCAUCUUCCACAGAAUCAUUCCUGGAUUCAUGAUGCAAGGAGGUGAUAUUGUCAACAGCAAUGGCACAGGUUCCAUUUCAACAUAUAAAGACGGGAUACCAUUUGAAGACGAGAACUCAAAAAUACUACAUGAUACAGCAGGUGUUCUUUCCAUGGCAAACAGAGGCCCAAAUACAAAUGGAUCACAAUUUUUCAUUACUUUUGGACAACAGAAGCAUCUUGAUGGAAAGCACACUGCAUUUGGCAGAAUCAUUGGGCAAGAAAGCUUCGAUAUUCUGAAGGAAAUUCAACAGCUGGUCUCCAUCGACAGGAAAACAAAUGAACCAAGAAAUAAAGUCACAAUAAUCGAAUCAGGGAUUAAGCCACUACCUGAGGAUACACGAAUUGAGCUAGACAUAAACAACAACAGAGAGCCUACAGAGCUUUAA